UACAAUUAUUUCGAAAACCAGUUGGUUUCUGCCCAUAUUACAGAACAGUUAGUUGUAUGAAAACGAUCCAAUGCGGGCUAAUCCAUUUGCCUGUGUGUUCUUCGGAGUUUGGAUAGCAUUCCACUUUGGCUUAAAUGAUGCCGUCAUCUUUAAGUUUACGAAUUUCGUCUGCGAGAGCUACAAUAAAUCCUGGUUUGUGUUCCAAAACUGUCGCCUGAAGGCUUUGAGUCGGAACAAAGUGCUCUUUAAUAUGAAGGGGACGGUGCUACAUCCUGCCACCAAUAUAACACUUCAUAUCCAAGUACUCAAAAGGGCAAAUGGAUACAAGCCAUGGUUGGUCGACGUUCAUGUUGAUGCCUGUCGGUUUUUACGAAAACGUUCUCCACCCGUUGUUAAUUUAAUCUACGGGUUAUUUAAAGAGUUUACAAACAUAAACCACACGUGCCCCUUUAUGGGUCCACAAAUUGUCAAGGAUUUCUAUCUGAAGCCUGAGCUGUUGCGUCUGCCCAUUCCGACUGGCGAUUAUAUGUUGACGAUGCAGUGGUAUUUCGAUAAGAAGAUACAAUUUGAUACAAAUGUGAGUUUUAUGUUCGUUGAGGAUCUAAUUAACAGAAAUUAAACCAAAAAUGUAUUGUGCAGACGAUCGGAUAUGACUAUAACUCUAAUUUAUAUACAUUCU